UUCACAGAUUUUGUAGCAUUUUUUAUUUAAUAAAAAUUAAACCAUCUGAAAAUGUCUCGACAAGCCUCUAGAUUGGAUGCCAAGAAAGUGAACUCGGAGUUCCUGACUUUAACAUACGGGGCACUGGUUACACAGAUGUUGCGGGACUUCGAGAAUGUUGAUGAUGUGAACAAACAGCUGGAGCGGAUCGGCUACAACAUGGGAAUGCGCCUGAUUGAGGACUUUCUGGCCAGAACCUCGGCGCCCCGCUGCCUGGAGAUGCGAGAAACUGCGGAUCGUAUACAGCAAGCGUUCCGUAUCUAUCUAAAUGUACAGCCAACCAUAUCCAAUUGGUCGGCAGCCUCCGAUGAGUUUUCGCUGCUCUUCGAUACAAAUCCGUUGACCGAGUUCGUGGAGCUGCCAAGCGAUCUGAGCAAUCUGCGCUACAGCGCCAUACUCAGCGGCUGCAUACGCGGCGCCCUCGAGAUGGUCCAGCUGGAGGUGCAGAGCUGGUUUGUACAGGAUCAAUUGAAGGGCGACAAUGUGACGGAGCUGCGUGUUAAGUUCGUGCGACGUCUAGAGGAAGCCAUACCAGCUGGCGAGGAUUAGAUAGAAGUAGACAAAGAAACAUUCAUAUAUAUAUAUAUAUGAAUACAUAUAUAUUAGAGCAAGAGAAAUAUAGUUUAAAUGUUUCUCAUUUAGAACAUAGUUCCAGUAAAUUUAAAUAAACACAAA